AUGGAACUAGGAGAUGAUUAUGAAUUAAUUCUUGAUUAUUUCGAAGAAACGUAUAUCGGUUGUAUUCGACGAAAUAACAUUAGAAGAAAACCAUUAUUUAGCAUUGCUUUUUGGAAUAUGUAUAACAGAACCACUCAAGCAUCUAUUCGCACCAAUAAUAGUGCUGAAGCUUAUCAUCGUCGUAUUGGUUCAGUUUUUCAAUGUGCACACCCAACGUUAUGGGUUUUUCUACAAAAAUUACUUGAUGAAGAACAUGCAGUUCAUGCUAAUAUAUUACAAAUUAAAGCUGGACAACCACAAAAACAAAACAAAAAUAUACGUUUUGAACAACGUUUAUUAAAUGUUAUAUCAAACCCACAUGCAGAUAUUUUGGCACAAAUCAAUGCAAUUGCUUACAAUAUUUCAUUGUAA